UCUGCUCAGAGAACUUGAAACCCAACAACAUAUUUUAUGACGAACAAGCUAGCAUUUUUGGCUUAUGGCAUCUUUUUUUACUGCUUUUCCAUCAGUAUGUAAACCAAGGCUAUUUUAUCCAAGGUAGUUUUCUGUUCCACGCCCUCCCUCCUUGAGCUUUACCUCGUUUAAGCCAGGACAGAGAAGAACAUGGAUGUGUGACGAGCUCAAACAGAGAGGAGAAAGCAAGGACGAGGCUUCCUAUCAUUCGCUGGGAGCUUAGGGAAGGAAAGGCUGCCAGCAUUCAAGUUGUGUCAUGAUGUCGGAGGCCGAGGAGUUAGGAGCUCCAGGCACAGAGGGAAACAAGCCAAAUGUCACGACAGGACACAUGCCUAGUAGUAUUCAACAGGUAGAAGCAUCUGUUGCUUCGCCCGUGGCCCCCAUACAGCCCCACACCACCACUGCAACUGAGGAUGAUGAUGAGAGCGAAGAUGAGUCGGAAAUCCUGGAGGAGAGUCCGUGUGGCCGCUGGCAGAAACGCAGAGAAGAGGUGAACCAGCGUAAUGUCCCAGGGAUCGAUGCUGCGUACCUGGCCAUGGACACAGAGGAAGGCGUAGAGGUAGUGUGGAACGAAGUCAUGAUCUCCGAGAGGAAGAACUUCAAAUUGCUGGAGGAGAAAGUGAAAGCAGUGUUUGAUAACCUGAUCAAUUUGGAACAUGCUAAUAUCGUCAAGUUUCACAAGUACUGGGCCGACAACAAGGAGAACCGGGCCAGGGUGAUUUUCAUUACUGAAUAUAUGUCAUCAGGAAGCUUGAAGCAGUUUCUAAAAAAGACAAAGAAGAAUCAUAAAGCCAUGAAUGAAAAGGCUUGGAAGAGAUGGUGCACACAGAUCCUGUCUGCUCUCAGUUACCUCCACUCAUGUGACCCUCCCAUCCUCCAUGGCAACCUGACCUGUGACACCAUCUUCAUCCAACACAACGGGCUCAUCAAGAUCGGAUCAGUUGCUCCAGACACCAUCAACAACCACGUGAAGACGUGUCACGAGGAACAGAAGAACUUGCACUUCUAUGCCCCAGAAUAUGGAGCUGACGAUAUCACCACGGCGGUGGACAUCUACUCGUUUGGCAUGUGUGCCUUAGAGAUGGCGCUCUUGGAAAUCCAGGGGAAUGGAGAGUCCUCUUUAGUUUCUCCGGAAGCCAUCAACAAUGCCAUACAGUUUCUGGAGGACCCACUGCAGAGGGAGCUAAUCCAGAAGUGCCUCGAGUCUGAUCCGAGUAUGAGACCUACAGCCCGAGAGCUGCUGUUUAACCAAGCUCUGUUCGAAGUACCGCUGCUAAAGCUGCUGGCUGCUCAUUGCAUAGUCAGCCACCACCACAUGAUUCCUGAAAAUGCCCUGGAGGAGAUUACCAAGAACCUGGAUCCUAACCUGGUCAUCGCCGAGAAGAAAGAAGGCAUUCAGCUCAAGCUUUCCCAUUUUCCUGCUUUGGAGCUUGAUAAAUUCCUGGAGGAUGUGAGAAACGGUAUUUAUCCGAUGACUGCGUUCGGGGUGCCCUCUCAUCAGCCUCAACAGGAGACGGUUAAAUCUCCCGUUGUCGUCCCCUUGGUCAAAUCCCCCACCCCUGAACCGACAGAAUUGGAGACACGGCGGGUCAUUCAGAUGCAGUGUAACGUUGAAUCUGUCGAGGAGGGAGCAAGGUAUCAUCUAACAUUGCUGCUGAAACUGGAUGAUAAACUGAAUAGACAUCUAAGCUGUGACAUGUUAUCUCAUGAAAAUGUUCAGGAGAUGGCUGAAGAGUUGGUGCAGCUGGGCUUAAUCAGUGAGGUGGACCAAAACAAAAUAGCCUCCCUACUAGAAGAAUCAUUCAGCCAAGCUCUUCAAUAGCAACCAUUUCCUCCACGAAAUACCUGUCCCCUCAUUAGUACACUCUCUUAACCCUGUUACAUCUUCUGUUUGGUUACUCAACAUGGUGAUUAUAUUUAGUGGGGUUUUUGUAUUUUGUUCUUCUAAGCCUUAGGUGAAAAUGUGACCAAAAGGGUGGGUUCUCUUCCUCUGCAUCAGGGAAUCAAACCUCCCCAAAGCACAGAAAACCUUUAACAUACUGUCAAGCUAAUUUCAGAGUCCAGUUUACUCCAAAGAAGCUCCCUGGACUGAUAUCACAUUUUAGCUGUAAAAGUUAAGAACCAUUUAAAUCCAUAUGAGAGGAUUUAUUCUGAAUGUGUUAGCUUUUACAUUGGCUGUUAAAUGUUAACCUCAUUAAUGCUGCAAAAGACACUUCAUCACACCAGUACUGACUAGAUUACUUAAAGUUAAAACCACUUUCUCCAAGCCGCAGAUGUAUUUUAUUGUGAGGUGUUUACAUAACGAAUUGCCUGUUUGUGUUAGGAUGAGACGGGCUAAAACGCCAUCAAGUCUAAUUCAAAUAUUCACUAGAGUCACUCCACCUUUCACUACUGUUGUACUUAUAAACUUUAAUGAUCUCAAACCUAUAGCACCCCUAACAAGCCAAGCCGUUCUUCCCCCUCAUUUCAUGUGAAUCCCCCUCUCAUUUUGUUUUGCCUUAUGAUUUUUGAACAUUCCCGGCUCUUUGAUUUUUGUGUUGUGUUUUUUUUUACCAACAUGUCACCUAUCAGGUUAAAUAUAUAUAAGAGUUUGAAAACUGGAUGUGCAGAGAUGCAACUUUUUCAGAUAACUUGAUAAUUGACCUAUACCCAUGAUAAAUAUUUUAAAAGCCUUUGAUACAGAACAUAUUGUAUGUGCACAGCUGGAUAUUACAUUUUGGGUGGGCAUCAUGAUGCCAGGUCUCUGGAUGAUGGUUACUUUGAGGUACUGUGAACUCAGUGUUACUGAAUUUUCCGUUUGUGUGUUUGUUUUUAUAUUUUUGCUCUACUGUUUGCCUUAUGCUGGACCUACGCACAUGCCUUAAAGUCCUCUUUUCUCUGUUUGUUUUUAUUAUUUUAUUCAUAAUUUUACCAUUUGCUGCUUGUUGGGUUCACACAUGCUCCUCUGCCUGUAAAAUUCAUUCAUGUGAGACUUGUGUACUGAACUCGGCUGCCAUAUGCUGUAAAAAAGAGGACCUAGCCUUUUCCUGAUACAUCUAUGUGAGAUUUAUUUAUGUUACAGACACUGUAUAGCAUGUCUUUUUCUUAUUUCUUUUUGUUUACUGUGAUUAACACAGAGACCACAUUGAUGAGAGUCUGAGCCAAUAUACACUUCUAUUGCUUGAUUGAUUUCAUUUGAUCACCAUUCGGUUAAACUGGGACUUAGAGGGUUGAUUUUCCUUCACAGAGUGCAGAGGCACCAACACUUGAAUACAAAAGGUUACAUCUUACAUGUCAUGUUGAGACUUGUAUUGGGAUCAGGGAGUUGCCUGUGGCCUUUUGUGACAUUUUGGCUCAGAACUCUUUGUGGUCUACAGGUACUUUAGUGUCUCAAAGCCCAUACAAUUCAGGACCUUAAACAGCAGUAAGAAUGCACAUAAAAAAUUACUUUCUCAGUAUGUAUUAAAAAAAACAGAAACGAUACUAUUCGAUGCAAAAACUUACAAUUGAGAAUACAUUUUACCAGUUGAAUUGAAUGCUUCUGUAUUAGCUUUCAAUCAGAGCUUACUUCUGUUGCUGAGCUGUAUUGUUUAAGUAGUCACUUCACCAAUUAGAUCGUAUUAAUCCAUUGAUCUCCACUCAAAUCUUUCUGUUUAAAAAAAAAAAUUAUUUGGGCAAAAAUUGUUCUCCAAUCUGCAUUUUUACUAAAAAAACGUGCAUUGUUUACUUUAGUUGUUCCUCUAUUUGAAUGUGUAUCUGUGAACCUCUAAGAUUGUAUAUUCCAAAGAUAUGUUUUAAAGUCAGCCAGUAGAAUGUAAAUGCAUCGCUUCUUUUACAGAGAAGUGAUAAAAACCAACCAAUGUGAUCACCAGACCAGCUUUAUAAAUCUCUUCCUCCACCUCUCUCUCUCUCGCUGUCUUUCCCACCCAAAUUAAUGGUGGUGUUGAAACUGGUUAUUAAAUAAUCGUACAGGGUGGGCAGCUUUAGCCUGUCACUCAAGGAUGUGAGCAUAUUUGUAUAUCCUUCUAUUUUGUAUAUGACAUAAGCGUCAGUAAAUGUGUUUGUGUCUUUUCUGAGAUGUGUAUCCUGACAAUAUCUGUUCUUUCAAAUAAAUGUGUGAAAUGCU